AAUUUAGUGUACAAUGUAGUAAGAUGUUUUAUGUUAAUUUGAGCUGAAGUUGCCUUGCCUAGAGUGUCAUAUACAAAAAUUUAUUUAAAUGGAUCUAAAGAUGGAUGAAAAAAUUACAAUGGAACUGGGGAUCAUUGAGAAUGGGCUAUCAGAGUCAACAGAUCAAGAUGAUAUUUCCAAUAACAAGAACGAUCCCAGGAGAACCCUUAGACUUAUAAUCAUGGUGAUAAUAAUAAAUGUUUGCUUAAUUGCUGGGACCAUUCCCAUCUUGCUGUAUAUGAAUACGCUUACCAAAGUGCUGAGAGAACGAUUCUUGGACUUUUUACUGGUUGGUGGAGGCCUCAUUUCAAUUCCGAUGUUAUACAGAAUGGGAGAUCUCUCGAAGGGUCGACCUAAUUUCUACUACAUUUAAUCCAAAAGUGAUGCAAUACCCCUGGGCUCCAAAUUCUAAAAUACUUUGAGUUUAUGUUCAGAUUUCCCUUAAGAUUAAAUUUCCUUAUUAAUCAUA